AUGCAGCUGUACCGCUCCAUCAAGACCGCAGCAGAUAACAGCCCCUCUUCACACGAUUCUGAUUCAGUCCUCAGUCUGAUCGCAAAAGGAUGCCAUCAAGUGGGUGAGAAAUGGACCAUCACUUUCGACAUGUCCUCCAUCUCUGCGAGUGACGACGUCCAGCUGUCAGAGCUUCGGAUCAGACUACCAGCGUUCUCCGCCUCCAAGCACGUCACAUUGGACAUUUAUCACUCACGAAAGCAGGACUGCGAGUCUGACACUGAACUGUGCAGCGAGGAGCGCCUUCUCUUGGGCAGCUUUGGCGCAUCGCCCAGUGACACCAGGUCUCAAUGGAACGUGUUCAAUGUGACAGCUCUGCUCAAAUAUUGGCUGCACCAGGGAGACACAGUGACGCAAAGCCAAGAAGCAAGAGUCCUUGUGAUAGAGAAAGAACACGAGAGUGGUGCACCGGACGACGGAGAGGAAAUUGACAUGGCCUACAUCGGGCAUCUUACGCACAGGAAAAGGAAGGUUCACCAUCCGACAGACGAACGGGUUAUGAUGGUUGUCUUCUCCAAGCACAACCUGCCCCGAGAUGGCGAGAGCGCACCCACUCUCAUCCGUACUGUGGAGCACUCCAAAUACGCAAUUUUGGACCAAGUCAGCCGUGAAGCUCAAGGGCGACGCCACAAGAGAAACCGAAUGGAGAGAGUGCGGAUGGCCGGCGGAAUUGCAGCUAAUGCUACUGGGUCAGCGGCUGAAGCCGUCCAACGCCCACUCUGUCGGAAGAUUGACAUGUGGGUAGAUUUCGACCAGAUCGGCUGGAACGAGUGGAUUGUGUAUCCAAAGCGCUACAACGCCUUCCGCUGCGAGGGCGAGUGCCCAACUCCGGUGGAUGAAUCCUUCAGUCCCACCAACCACGCAUACAUGCAAAGCCUGUUGAGACUGUACCAUCCGGAUCGCGUGGGUUGUCCGUCCUGCGUGCCCACGCGCCUCAGCCCGCUGUCCAUGCUGUACUACGGGGACGAAGACGUGGUGUUGCGGCAUCACGAGGACAUGAUCGUGGAGGAGUGUGGCUGUCACUGAUACCCAAGCCACAUCGGGCCCGCAACCACAAAGACUAUUGUGAAAACACUUAUUUAAAAGGCUUCACUUGGAAUAUAUUGUGCGCCAUGGAAUGACUCUUGAAGGUUUGGUGUCCAUCUACCUUAAGUUGUUUGUGGUCGUUAUCACAAGGAAGAUCAAUUCAUUUGCUAUGGUCCUUACUAUACCUUAUUCUAUCUAGGCCUAUGUCAUGAUCUCAACUGGAACCACAGCAUUCCAUAUUAGAAGAUUUGUCCAUGGUUUGAACCAGCAUGAUAAAGAUGUACUGUUAUUUAUUUGAAUAUUUCAAGAAGAAAGACUACCCAUUUUGUGUGUUUUGUGUGUUACGUUUUAUAUUGUGUUUGUCAGUGUUUUGUAAUUUUCAAGAAGUGAAAGAAAUAUGCUGCCAAAAUGGUGCCUUAAAAGUUAUGAUUAUUUUGUAUUUUCACUCAUUUAUUAAUCCUUUAUUACAAUAUAUAUUUUUGUACAUACAAUGAAAAAAUAUAUUAAAGCAUUUUAUUCCGUU